AGUAGCACCGAGGGGAGGCCUCACGGUAGUAGGAAAGCAGGAAGAGACCAUCAUGACUGGAGGAGAGGGGGGUGUUUAAACCCUCCAUCGGAAUUUGGAGGCAAAACAAGAGCAGUUUUCAGAGCCAAACCUUGUUCUUUCAGAGAGAUGUCUUAAGGAAGGCCCCAGAGGGUGGUAAACUAUGCUUUUUGACCCCAGGAAAUGGGGGAUACGAGUUGGGAUGCCCCUGUGAUCCCCCCCCCCACAGAGAAUGAGACAUGGAGGCUGCCAGGAAGCGCCUGAGGAGUAGAGCCCGGGGUUGAGGACUCUUCUAAUUGGGUUUGACUCCCAUGAAGCCUCCCAGGAGAUGGGUUUCCUUUCUGCUCUUGUGUUUAAUGGGGACAGUGAGCCUGGAGGCUGCAGCUGUUAUCAAUGUGGACGCCUCCCAUGCAGAAAGGGAGCUGAAGCACUUCUGGGAAAGCACCGGCUUCUGCCCUCCUUUGCCACACAGCCAGGCAGAUCUGUUUGAUCUCAGUAAAGACCAGAUAAUUAAUCUGGCUUACAUUUCUUCUGUACCACACAAGGGCAUCAGACAAAUAAGAAUUCACUGGCUUUUGGAACUUGUUCAAAUUGGGGUUGAAAAUGGGACGCCUCACUUCAAUUUCACCAACCUGGAUAAAUUCAUGGAUCUUCUGUGGGAAAACAAGCUAAGCCCAGGAUUUGAAUUGAUGGGAAGCCCAUCAGGAUAUUUCACUGACUUUGAAGAUAAAAAGCAGGUGAGACAAUGGAAGGACUUGAUAACACAGUUGGCUCAACGAUACAUAGAACGAUAUGGAUUGAAUCAUGUUUCUAAGUGGAAUUUUGAGACGUGGAAUGAGCCAGAUCACCAGGAUUUUGACAAUGUCUCUAUGACAAUUAAUGGAUUCCUCAAUUACUAUGAUGCAUGCUCUGAAGGAUUAAGGGAAGCUAGUCCUCAGCUGAAACUGGGAGGCCCAGGAGACUCUUUCCAUCCCUUUCCAAAGUCCCCAAUAUGCUGGAACCUCCUCAGUCACUGUUACAAUGGAACAAAUUUCUUCACUGGAGAGACUGGUGUCAGGUUGGAUUACAUUGCUAUGCAUAAGAAGGGAGGUGGGAGCUCAUUUCACAUCUUAGAACAAGAAAUUGAAGCAGUGGGACAGAUUCAGAAGAGCUUCCCCAGCUUUGCUUCUGUGCCAAUAUACAACGACGAAGCAGAUCCGUUAGUGGGUUGGUCAUUCCCACAACCCUGGAGAGCGGAUGUAACCUAUGCAGCUAUGGUGGUAAAGGUUAUUGCCCAGCAUCAAAACCUACUGAUUGCUCAAGCCAACAACACUGUAAACUACACUUUGCUGAGCAAUGACAAUGCCUUUCUGAGCUACCAUCCACAUUACUUCACCCAGAGAACACUGACAGCACGCUUUCAGAUGAACAACACAAAUCCGCCGCACGUCCAGAUGGUGAGGAAGCCUGUGCUCACUGUGAUGGGAUUGCUGGCCCUGCUAGGGGAGGAACAAAUCUCUGCCAACAUCUACAGUCAUGAUUCUGAAGAGCAUAAUACGCUUGGAGUCAUAGCUAGCCUUCACAAACCUAUUGAGCUUCAACAGUCAGACAGCUGGCAGGCAUCUGUCCUGAUCUAUUCCAGCAAUGAUAAUCAGACAUCCUCAAACAUCAGUGCUGUGACAAUAAAUGUAACCAACAUCCCCAAACAGAAAGAACUUGUUUAUGUGACUUACUACAUGGAUAACAACCUCACCAACCCAUAUUUGCAGUGGAAGAAACUGGGAGCUCCAGAUUUUCCUUCUCUCAAGCAAAUGGAGCAGAUAAGAGAAGCUGAGGAUCCUGUGGUGAAAGGGCCAUUUCUACUUCCUCCAUCAGGCCAUCUGAUGCUGAAACAAGAGCUCCCUGUUCCAGCUGUCUUACUCCUCCACAUCUGCGCAAAGCCCCUUGCUGCUCCCAAUCAGGUGAGCAACAUUCGCCUCAUUGGUCUCACAAAGGGGCAAGUUUUGGUAAUGUGGGAUGAUAGCUGUGUAAAUUCAAAGUGUCUGAAAAAAUUUGAAGUAGUGUUCUCUCAAGAUGGGAAAGCAUACAAGCAGAUCAGUGUGAAAGACAGCAUAGUUACAAUGCUAAUCUAUAGCCCAGGAACGACUGUCAUGGGAUUUUACAAAGUGCGUGCUGUGGAUUAUUGGAACAGGCCAGGCCUGUUUUCUCUACCAGUUUACUACAACGGAGCAUCUUGAGAAGGAUCGAGAGUUCCCUACAGAUGUUACAGAAUCAAGUCUGCCAUUUGCACAUGGAUAUUUUAUACUAUGCAAGCUAGAGCUUUAAAGCACGAAGUAUCAUGUCGUCUUCCUUGCCCUGAUUUCCACCCAAAGUUUCUGAUUCCAACCAUUACUCCCACAUAUUUAGAGACAUAUUACAACAUUUCCAAGCUCCCAGAUGUCUUGGACCUCAUCUUCAAUUAGUCCUAAGUAAUAUAUCCAGUGGUGUGGAUUGACAAGAUGCAGUCCAAAAAGACUGCUGGAUGGCAAACCAAGCAUUGCAUUAGAACAAAGCUGCAGUUCUUUCUGGUCUCCUCUUUUUGCAGACUAACCUUGUUACUGUUAGUACGUAGCUAGUGUAGACUAAUCAUCUUAGGGCCCUUCUACGCAGCCAUAUAUCCCAGAAUAUUAAGGCAGAAAAUCCCACAUUAUCUGAGUGUGGAUUACCCAGUUCAAAGCAGAUAUUGUGGGAUUUUCCGCCUUGAUAUUCUGGGUUAUAUAGCUCUGUGGAAGGGCCCUUAGACUCUGAGGCCCCUUCCACACAGCUGAAUAAAAUCCCACAUUAUCUGCUUUGAACUGGAGUAUAUGGCAGUGUGAAUUCAGAUAACCUGGUUCAAAGUGCAUAUUGUGGGAUUUUCUGCCUUGAUAUUCUGAGUUAAAUGACUGUGUGGAAGGGCCCUGAGUGCUGUAUGAUUUGAUAAUGUAACUUUUAUUUUUAAAAUGCUUUUGGGGUAGGGGGUAGCAUUCAUACCAUCCCUGUUAUCCAGCUCCAUUUGCCAAAAUAUCAUUAUAAGCUGGUGUUCAGAAAAUACAGCUUUGGGAGAGCAGUUAUUCUUAUGAAUCUACUCUAAAUCAGUGAAGGUCUUCCUCAGGAAAUAUGCAACCACUUUCUCCAGUCUUGGUUGAAGAAAGGGAGGGAGAAAAGUCCAGGUUCUUUUGCUUUCUUUUUGCCACAUGCACACAGUAUUGUGUACCACCAGCGAGUGGGACUGCCUGCAGCUUUAGACCCUAGCUUUUGAGGACAAUAAUCUUCCCCCCUUGCUGGGAAUGGAAUGCAACAGAAAUACCAUAGAGCACAGUUUAUUAUUUGUGUAAGGCGGGUUUUUUUUCUGUGGAACCAUUUAGUCUUGCUGAGCAAAGGCAUUGCUUAUGUUUGUCUCUAAAUAUUUGUUCACCUGAAAUAAGAUUCGGACGGAAAGCAGUAAGAAAGAGCCAGACUUUGAUUUUGAUGCACUGUAACCUUAAAGACAAGCUGUUAUCCAUGUUGCAUCCUGCUGUAUUUGUUUCUUUUCUGUCUUUUCAUUUACAAGAGUAUGGUACCCAUGCCCAGCAUAGGCGGCCAUCAAGAUGCUUGACUACCGGUAACAAAAGAAAAAAAAAAACCCUUAAAAUCGCAUGCCUAUAUUGGGAGUGGAGGGAAGUACUGUCGAAUGGCCUUAAAGCUGAAUCAGGUAUUUUUCCAUUUGAAUCUUAAGGACUUAUUAGAUUUAUUCUAUGUGAGCUCAGGGUAGUGAUAUCUGGCAUGGUUGGACUCUUGUAUCACCGUUAUGAAUGCAUAGCCUGGAGUUAUUAAUCUUACAUAUUCAGAGCCCCUACAUUGCUGCUGUUAAGGGAGUAUGUAGGGAUCAUGAAAGCCCCCAAUCUCCAUUUAACAAGAAGCAGCCACUGUGAUUGACUAGGGUCCAUUGCUUUGUCACCUGGGGAGCAGAUUCCCGCCCAGCCCUCUAAUGUAAGCCAUCUCUGACACAAGGGGGAUUGUGGCAAGGACCCUGUUUCUUCCUGUCACAAUUAUGAUUGCUCACAGGAGGGAGUGGAAAUGGCAACCAACUGUUUCCUAAGCAAAGGACCUAUUGACUGCAGGGGUUGCUGCCCAAUAAGUGAGUAUGGGAAGAGGGGAUCAAGUCGGAAAUCACUAGAUAGCACUGUAACUGCACUUAUACAUACAUCAAAACCAUAAAGGGUCCAGACCAUUGUUUUUGGGUGACUACAGUGACCAGGGAUGUUUCAAUUUGUGUCAUGUUGGAGAGAAAUGAAGACUGAGACUGGAAUGUGCAUUAUCAGAACACAAUUAAAGAGGUUUUCAAAGGCAGUUAUAAAAAAAAACCCUGAAUUGAGUUGAAUCAUAUGUCAUUGGUGGCCCGCACUACCUUCCCAAGCAGCCCAUAUGCUUACUCAUGCUGUUUUUGAAGCCAAGCAGUAUUAGUGGUUCUCAACCCCAGAUGUUUUUGGCCUUCAACUCCCAGAAAUCCUAACAGCCGGGAAACUGGCUGGGAUUUCUGGGAGUUGUAGGCCAAAACAUCUGGGGACCCCAGGUUGAGAACCACUGUGAGUAACUGAUUGUUUCCCAAAGCUGAGAGGGGAAAAAGUAAAGGACUGCGAGAGGAAAAUGGGGUGGUACACACUAGCGAUAUUUGUUUGAAGGUACAGUAUACUGCUUUAAGAAGCAAUCUUAUCAAAAUCUAUGAAAACAUAAUUUUGAGAAAACAGGCUUGCAUUUACUAUUUUUUCACUUCAUGUGGCGGGAAUUCAGGUGUUAUAUUUAAUUGUUGAACUGUCACAUUAUUAAAGCUUUCAAAUAAAA